AUGGACAUCGACAAGGACGUUGUCGACUGCAAGAUGGCCCGCCGAACGUCCCGCAAGCCAACGCCGGCGGCAGCCGCGAACGCGGCGCGGGUGCGGCCGAUCCUGCCGUCUAUCACGGUACUGCCCGAGGCCUCGGAACCGGAAGAACCAGGGCGCAGCGACGCGGUCGCUGCGCCAACGCGCCAACGCGGCCCGACGGCCCUGAGCCGGAACAUCCACAACGACGCCGAAUUGGAAGACAACCUCCACCGCAUACAUACCACCAUCCAUGCCGAGCGGCCAAUGACUACAAAACGGGCCUAUGCGCCGAAGCAGGCCGAGUUCCAGGGCUUCUGCCGGGCCCGGGGCUUCCAAGAUGGGGAUACGGUUACGGAGAGCAAGCUCCUCCUGUUCCUCGAAAAGGAGGUCGUACAUCGCCCACUUCGAGGUCCAAGCCGGAAGCUGGUACCCGGUAUGCCGGCCAGUGAGGCCCGGUUACACUGGCGGUCCGUCCGGGCUUACAUCACCGCGAUUACGGACCUGUGGCAGCAACAGCGGACCCUCGGCAUGAACAACCACCCGUCUCCCCGGGAGAACACAGCCCGGGAGUAUGUACGGACCCUGCAACGGCAACAUGCAGCCCAGAGCCGGUCUGUAUAUACCGACAAGGGCCAGGAUACUCUUCUUGAUGGCUAUUCGGAACCGGAACUCCGGAGGAUUGCCGAGAAGCUCUGGGGUCAGACCGCCGAGAGCCCGGCCAAUACCGAGCAGUGCCUCCGUACAUUGACGGACCUCUUGCUUAGCCAUUAUAUGCUUGCCCGGGGCAACGACCGGCGGGCGGCCGAGAUCUCGGACCUCUUCACGUUCGAAUUCCCUGGCGAAGGGCCGACCCGGUGUAUGCCUCUGAUCUUUACGACCCGCGCCGGGAAGACGAACCAGCACGGCCGGCUCGAGACAGCUGGAGCGCUUCGGAGCCGGGACCCCGAGAUCUGCCUCCUCGGUGCCCUUGCCUUCUACCUACUCCUUCGCUGGGACCUCUCGCCGGAGCCGUUCCCAGACUUCGGGAACCCCCAGCAUUGCUGGGUUAGCCGGGCUUUCGACUAUGCCGGCGUCGUCUCUGCGAAGAAGACCCACGCCGGGUGGAGCUCUGGGGCGAAGACUGCCGAGUUACGGGGGGUAAGCGAGGCACAGAUCCGGCGUGACGGGCGGUGGAACCCGGAUCAGAUGGUCGGGUGCUAUCUCGACGCCCUACCCCGGAAGUUUAUGCGGAGCAUUGCCGGCCAUCCAGCGCAGGUGGGAUGUUUCAACCUACCCCGGGCUGUGCCGCCGCCGGCGGCACUCCUAUCGAUGAUCUGGCCGGAGCUAGACCAGUGGGUUGAGGGUGCCCGGAAGCCGAAAGAUCUCGCCGGCACUGCUCGGUAUGGAACCACCCAGUCUUCCGGCACCCUGAAUAUCGGGCCCUUCACUCGCCGGGUGCUGGCCCGGGCCAACGGCAACGAGGAGCCGGACCGGCUUACGCUACUUACACAAGCGCUCCCGCAAUUUACGGAGCAUCUGUUGGCGGCAGAGGCACGGCAUACGGGACAACUAGCCGAGGCAACGGCCGCCAUGACUGCCGAGAUCGCUGGGUUGGAAGCCCGGCUUACAAGCGCGUAUACCAACCACCUCCGGCAGAUUCUUACCGAAGCCACCCUCCAGAUCCGGCUACCAGAGGCAGGGCCAGGUCCGGGGCCGGGGCCAGGGCCGGGGCCGGCGUCUGUACCAGCGGUAGCCACAGUUACGAUGCCAGAUCCUGAGCUCGAGCCGGUGUUGGAGGACAACGACGUCGACUUGCGUAUUCCUGGCGCCGAAGAGACCCCACCGGAAUACCGGAUGAGCCGGGCCAUCAAGACUGUUGAAGCCCUAUGGCAGGAAUGGAUGACCGGCUUGCCGGGACAACCAUCCGUCUCGGCACUGGAUACGCGGUGGGGGAGCCAGUGGCGGGCCGGUCGGCGAUCGGAGGUCCAGUGGUACUCUCUCCGCCUCGAAGUCAUCCGCGAGAUCCGUCGUAUAAGCAAGGCCCGGCGUAUGGCCGAGAUCUCGGCAAUGCACGCUGUGGCGGCGGACCAUAGGCAGUCGAGCCGGUCGUUGGAUGCCUUCUGCAAGCAGCUCCGGGCAAGCCGCAAGCUCCGCGAAGCCCCCCAACGGGCCCCGGCGAGGGCUAGAAAAUAG